AUGCAGUCGAUAUGGGAUCGAUCGAUACACGGCCACUGUCUUGAUCUUACGGCCAUAGCUUUUGCAGGGGCUGCAUGUACCCUGACAUACGACGUCAUUCUCAUUAUUUUACCGCUUCCUGAGCUGAUCAAGCUGAAACUUGAAACACGAAAAAAGUUGCUGUCUAUUUUGUUGCUAACCUUAGGCUCAUUUGCAUGCGUUGCAAGCAUGAUUCGAAUCAAGUAUUUGGUCUCAUAUGCUGAGUAUUCUUUUGACCCCACCUGGGACAAUGUGGAUGUUGUCAUUUGGUCACUCAUUGAGGUCAAUUUCGCAAUGAUAUGUGGCAGCCUCCCUAUGUUGCGACCCAUAUGCAGCAAAAUACGCAAGUGGAUUGCCCCUUGUAGUUCUAUGAUACGGGAUAAAUCUCAUGUUGAGAGCGGAGACCAAACGAAAUCGACGAAAUCUAGCCUUUCGUAUGGCCCUGGCUCGUCAUACCCGUUGUGCAACUCUCCGCAUAAACAAGAUUCAGAGUCAGGCAAGAACCGUUCUAUGACCAGCCAGUAUUCAUAG